AUGAGUGAAAGAGAGGGAGAGACUGGUGUAAAGAUGGGUUGUGAAAUGGUGAGGAUUUUAGGGUUUCCCUUCACACAUAUUCGAGAAUGGCCGUGUUAUAGUGCCAAAUGUGUUGAAGAGAGAGUGUUUAUGCUUUUAGGACAAUCUCAGUUUAGAGUUUCUCUGCCCAUCUAUGUAAUUUGUUUCAUCAAACUCUAUUUUUCUAUUUCAUUUCUGGAGUUUGCAAGUUUUCUUGUUUAUAUUGGUCAAAUUGCUUGUCAAGCAAAAAAGUAUAAUAGAUAUGACAAUCGCAGAGUCUUAAAAACAGAGAGCUAUCUUGUCUCUCUCUCUCAAACAAUGGAACAAAAAUAA